GCGAGCGUGCGGGCGGGGCCCGCGGCCGGAGCCGCCACCAUGAUCGCUUUGUUCAACAAGCUGCUGGACUGGUUCAAGGCCCUGUUUUGGAAGGAGGAGAUGGAGCUCACGCUCGUGGGCCUACAGUACUCGGGCAAGACCACCUUCGUCAACGUGAUCGCGUCAGGACAGUUCAAUGAAGACAUGAUCCCAACCGUAGGCUUCAACAUGCGCAAAAUCACCAAAGGGAACGUAACUAUCAAGCUCUGGGACAUUGGAGGCCAGCCCCGUUUCCGUAGCAUGUGGGAGCGAUAUUGCCGAGGAGUGAGCGCCAUCGUGUACAUGGUGGAUGCCGCUGACCAGGAAAAGAUUGAGGCCUCCAAAAAUGAACUACACAACCUACUGGACAAGCCCCAGCUGCAGGGAAUCCCGGUCCUAGUCCUGGGAAACAAGCGAGACCUCCCUGGUGCUCUGGAUGAGAAGGAACUGAUUGAAAAAAUGAAUUUGUCUGCUAUCCAGGACCGAGAGAUCUGCUGCUAUUCUAUCUCCUGCAAAGAAAAGGAUAACAUCGACAUCACCCUACAGUGGCUUAUCCAACAUUCAAAGUCACGGAGAAGCUGAGACAGCGGUCCAUCCCUCCCCCCGGGACCAGGGACCGCCAUCAUCCAAACCUAAAGCCGCAUUCCCUGCCGGUCCCUACUGUCCCCCUUCCUCCUGCCCCCUCCUCAGUGUGCGUGGCAGGGGGGACUCUCCAGGGACCCAGAGUCCUGUUCUGCUGAGGUCUGAACUCCUGUUUUUAUUGUAAAGAAUACUGGUCCCACCUGGACCCGCUAACUUCUCUGCCCUUUGUUCCCUUUCCCCUAAUUCCCACAUCCAUCUCCCUGAUCCUGCACCACCUCUCCAGCCCUGCUCUGCCCUUCCCAACACUGUUCAGUUACUGUCCUGUGUGUAUAGUAUAUAUAUGUAUAUAUAUUUUAAUUUUUUAAUUUAAGCAAUGACUAAAAUCGACCAUAUGACGAUGCCAGGGUCAGCAGGGGGUUAGGAGAGGAAGAAAAGCUUUAGGGGAGGGGGGAGCAUAAGGCUUGGAAAACAGGGAGGAGGCUGAUGUCCUGGGGCUGGACCCUGGCCCUGGUGGCCAUCCUGCACCCCUCUGCUCCCAACCUUGUGGGACCCCCCGACUCCUUCCCUCCAGGUGGGGAGGGGCUAACAGGCACAGACCAGUUGCCAAAGACCAUCUCUCCGGUAUCGGGGCCACGGUGCCAGCAUUCCCAUCGAGGCUUCCUCCCCCAGCCCCGGCUCUUGGGCAGCCUGGCCAGCCCCCAGCGGCUUCUGCCCCUGCCCCUGCUCCCACCUGGGCCUCCCCAGCUCUUGCCCCCCUCCCUUCUGUUCUUACUUUGCAGACUUGCACAAGGAGAGAGCUCAGCAUGGGGGAUUUUGGUUCUUUGGGGUUUGUUUUGUUUUUAUUUAAUGAAUUGUAAAGUGGCAUUUCUCUUCCCUUUUUUUACAACACUUUCUGGCUCACAUUGGAUUCCUUCUGUUGGAAAAUGACUCUUGUAACUGUA